GUUAUAAAUGCACACGAUCCUGACUCUUGGAAAAUUUGGACACACUGGAAGCCUGUCAUCCUGAGAACGAAGACGACUCACUAACGAGCCUGUCCCGAUGCCGCCAGCCGUACACCGUACCAUAUAUUUGCCAUCUUUCCCCAUUGCUUGCAUGGAUAGAUUCCACUGCACAACUCCACGAGAUUCGAUCUCUAAGGGGCACCUCGUACACACACCCCCUGCGUCGGUCUUUUACGCCCCAUUUGAUACAUCACUCAAGCACAGCACUCUCUGUUAACUCCGCACCAAACUCUAACCUACACGAAAAAAGACGACAAGCCCACCAUGUCCGGCACACCCGGAUCACGUCCUCCUCCUCUCAGGUCUCUGGAUUCCCGUACGAAGCUGCGGAGAAAUAACACCACUGGCUCUUCUCGCCGCUACGACACAUUCCGCCGAGCAGACUCGACGGCGCCGCCGAUGACAAGAAAGAUGACCAGAAGCAGCAAAUGGAGCUUUGGUUCGCUGUCCAUGGAGCAUGUGGUAUUCGCCUGUUUCUGGGUCUUCGGGACUAUGGUGACCAUGCAGUUUGGCGUCGUGGUCACCGCUUCGAACGAUCUUGUCGGCACUAGCGCUCCCCCGGGCUUGAUCCUGUUCGCAUAUACGCUCCCAAGUAUACUGGUGCGGAUGCUCGUUCCGUACAUUACGUUCCCGGACAUAACCAUUUCCCGCCUCUUCAGAAUUGGCGGCGACUAUUCCCCGGUUGACGGCAAGAAGGGGACACCGGGAACACCACUGACUCCUCCCACCUACCCGGGCAAGAAGAAGAAGGAUGCUCAGCAGAUCGACUACCCCACUCGCCUCACGGUGUGUGCUGCCUCGUCUUUCAUGGGUCUACAGCUCCUGGCCUGGUGCGACAAUGUUGGUAUCCGGAUUGUCGGUAUUGCUUUGGCAAGCUUGUCCAGCAAUCUCGGUGACAUGUCGUUUUUCCAGCUCUGUACGAGGUUCGGUCCGAUGAUUAAUAUGUCCUUCGGCGGGUAUGCUGCUGGUAGUGGCGCUGCGGGCCUCAUCGGCGCCGGAUUUUAUACCGUGCUUACGAAUACGUUCGGUGUGCGGCCCGAGUCUGUGCUUUCCGGAGUCGGACUGGUGCCUACACUGAUGCUAGCCACAUACUUCUUAUUGCUACCAUCUGAGGCGCAAGUCAAGGCCUACAGUGGCCGAGACGACACUGAUGAGGAUGAGGAAGCGGAGAACGAUGAGCAGGAGUCUGUGAUGAAGGAUUUGAAGCUUGGAGAUAAGCUGGAGUUGGUGACACCCAUGAUAUGGGGAUACAUGGCGCCGUUGGCGAUCCAGAUGUUUUUGGAGAACAUCACGACACAGGGAAUCCUCCCAACGAUCCUCUGGCACCUCCCCUUGUCCGACCGCUUCCUCAAACUCGCCGGCACAAGCUCACUCUUCAGCAUGCUCUUCAACACCACCCGCGACUUCUACCCGACCUUCUUCACAAUCUACCAAACCGCAAUCUUCGUCGGCCGCACAUCCAUCAACAUAGUGCGUCUUCCCGGCGGCAACCGUGGCUCGUCAACUGCUUACUACGCCCUGUGCAUCACCGAACUGAUGUGUUUUCUCACCAUGCUCUUCCAAUCCCUCAGCAUGGCUUACAGCCCCCCACCGGGCUAUGCCGAUGCCGACAUGCUGGUCCGCUUCUCUCCCGUCUUCAUCGCCGUGGUGAUCUUCGCCAUGGGCCUCUGCGGCGGGCUGGGAAUGAGCAACACCUACUGGCGGGUCUCGAAGAAGCCACUACCAUCUGCCGUAUGGCAGGCGCUCGAACGUGCGACAUCGAAGCGCACACUCGCCAGGCAGGAGGGAGUAAUGACGCCGAUGUACCCCGUCGAAAACAGCAACAUCUCCGACGAGUCCGAGGGAGAAGGCGACGACGAAGACUACUUCUUCCAGCGGGACCGACCCAGACCUCGCUUCAGAACUGCAUUCUCGUCUCGGUCUGCACCCGGCGAAGGUUACGACACCAUGCGGAUGACGCCGGCUGGGGGCGCCCCUUCGUCGAAGGGGAAGAUGGCGGCUAGACCGUUGAAGUGGAGCGAGAAGGAUGAAACCCAGGUACGCGAGUUCCUGGUGAGUACCAUCGCACUGCCGGAUACGGUGGCCAUCAUGGUCGCGAGCAUUGUGAGUCUGUGGUUGCAGCCGAAAUUGUGUGAAUUGCAGGUCGAGGGCGGGAGGGCGCUGUGUAGGGGCGGUUGA